AUGCACCGUCUCCAAAAUGCACGCUCCAUUGCUAUCAGUGCACUCACUUGCAGAAGACGAGCAUUUGGCGUUUCUGCGGGUGUUUUAAAUGCCAACUCGGACGCGGACUCAAACCAAAGCCAGGGCCAGAGUCAAAUCGUGGACUUGGGAAAGGAUAAAAGCCGAAGUGGAGAGAUGGUGAAUGAGCAGGGAAAACAGAGUGGGCAUGGACAAGGACAAGAAUACACUUUUGGGAAACUCUCGCGCUCUUUGCGUAGCCAGCGUGACUCCUCGCGCAGCAAUUCGUCCGUUCAGAACCCUCAUCAUGACAUUCCAGCGGCAGGUGUUUCAAAGAGAAGAAAAAAGGAAAAGCAUUCAAAGAAAAAGAAGGUUGGAAGUGCUGGUGCACGACCUGCUGUAGAAUCAGCGCGUGCUUCUCUUGCAGGGUCCGACGCGAAGCGUGCGGGGUUACUGAAGCUACUGUUUGAAGGUUCUGGGGAAACUAAUCAUGCGGCGAAGGAUGGUUGGACGACGGGGUGGGGCGAGGACGCGCUUCGACCGGGGGAGAAUAAGAAUCCUGGAUUACAGGGGUCUUUCAGUGGCGAUGGACGACCAAGUAAGAUCAAGUCCACGGGACGUGGGCAACCGCCGCAUGUACGCCAUCCCCUACCUUAUACCCGUCGCGUAGAGGGUCUUUUCGACGACGCGCGAGAUCUGAAUGCUCCUUCAUCAAGUGGACCGAGCUCUAUCAAUAACGUACUGGAAGAUAUCGACCCACCCUCAGAACACAAGCCUAUUGCGCGGCUUGCGCAUGGACUUGAUAGGGUGUUAUUCAACCCCGGCGUCCAUUGGCUCCAAGAUCCACGCUCACGUGUAUAUAAUUUCACGCCUUGGCUUGAGAGCAUACCCAAAGUCACAGAUUUUGCGUUCGAGCGCGUUACUGGGUUCAUACGGAGUUCUCAGGAUGAUGACCUUCAUACCCUCGCCAAAAUACACUCCCGACCAUACGUUGGCUCCACAUCCUCACUCACCGGUCUGCUCAGCCACAUUUACUUCCUCAUCUCUGGUGGAAAGGAAGUAGAUACGAGUGUUUUGAGCGGUGCUUUUGCGCAUGAGCCAACGAACUUUACUCCAGGCCAGCGCAUGCCCUCAUCAAUCGUGUUACGAUACAAAGAUGGUGUAUGGGCGAUCGAUUCCAACAAAGAUGGUGAGGAUGACAGCCAGAAGAAUGUAUUGACCUGGAUGGGCACUCUUCUCGAAAAAUUCGUGACAGUUCCGGAACCUGAGUUCAAGACUUUCCUGCGCUCCUCGCCCGCCCUAGCGGAAGGUGAGGAGGAUAAAAGGAGGGAGGCAUAUCGGUAUGCGAAGAGUGACCGCUUUUUAAUGCGCUCCCAACUAGAUUGUGUGGACCCGCGCUUACCAGGAACUGGUGUUUUUGAUGUCAAGACCCGUGCGGCGGUCCCGAUCCGACUGGAUUUGCUGAAUUUCGAGGAGAACUCUGGUUACCUCAUUCGUACGCUUCACGGACCACUGGAGAGCUUCGAGAAAGAAUAUUACGAUUUAAUUCGAAGUGCAUUUCUGAAGUACAGCUUCCAAGCUCGUAUCGGCAAUAUGGAUGGCGUAUUUGUUGCUUACCAUAACACGGCCCGCGUUUUCGGUUUCCAGUACAUCUCGCUCGAGGAGAUGGAUGCACGCUUGUUCGGACAAGAUGUGAAACCUGCGGGUGUUGUCAACAGCGAUAGUGCACCUACCAGAGGCACGCGCGUAUUUGAGAAGUGUGUGAAGCUGCUGGAAGUAGUGAUGGAUGAGAUUGUUGGAGUAUUUGGGGAGAGGAGCGUGAAAUGCACUUUCGAGACACGGGAGCGCUCGUCGAAGAUGAAUAUAUGGGUGGAACCUGUCGAGUGGGACGCUGAGAAAGAAGGGAAGGGAAACAACGUAGCAGAGUUGAAGGAGGUAGAGGAUGAAACGAAGGUUGCGGAGCAAGGGAAAGAUGGCGAGAAGGAUGGGGACCGAGUGAAGACAGAGGAGCCCCCAAUCGUUCAGAUCGACGUAGAGGUGCAGAACUUUGUCACUGGCCAGCCUGUAUGGGGCUCAAAAGCGAUUGGUGUCACGCCUAACGAUAACUGGAUUCUCCAUUGGACCGUCUCGCAUAGCUCGCUAGAAACCUCCAGAAUUCGGGCCAACCUCGCAUCUGCGAAAGAUAGGCAGUUCCGUGCGUGGAAUUUCCCAGCAAAUAUCAGCGGACCGGAGGAGAUGGAGACAUGGUGGAAUGCGCUGGAUUUUGGAAGACGGAAGACUGCUGUCUCUUCUUCAGGCGAGGGUGAGGAAAUAACACUAAGCAGGCUACAGGACUUGGUGGCAGGUGUCGAGAGCCCUGUCGUAACGGUCGAGGAGAACGGUUUGGUAGAGGAGGAAGGACCUAAAGCCAAUGAGAAUGGCGUGCCGUCGUUCAAUCGCAAGCUCUUCCGACCGGCGUCGACAAGUAUUGAGAUAUUGCGCCAGCUAUCGAGAGACGGGAGGGAAGAGACGUUGAGGGCGGAGGCCGAGGAGGAGGCAAUGGGAAGGGAGAAAAUUGUCUGGGGUCUUGUGGGGAAUGGAGGUAUUGUGAACAGUGAAACCAAGGAAGUGCCUGAGGAUGGCAGCUCAGUAUCGACCAUUACUCAGUCUUCAGAGAUGGGGACGGUCGACGCGGUGGAACAAACCAGCCAGGAGAAAGAGUAA